AUGGCCAAUGCCGUGGCGGAGGUCCCCGCGACACGCGACCCUUCGGCUCUGGGUCACAGCUUUAAGAGGGUGACGCUGACCAAGCCCACCUACUGUCACCACUGUAGCGACUUCCUGUGGGGGCUGCUCGGCUUCCUGUGCGAAGUGUGUAACUUGAUGUGCCACGAGAAAUGUCUGAAGACGCUACGCUCUCUAUGCGCCAACAUGGUGCCCUCCGCCGUACAGAUCCCUGUGGCUCACUGUUUUGGUCCGGAUUCGCACAAACGGCGCAUGUGCUGCGUGUGCAGGAAGCAGACGGAGGGAAACGCCGGGCUACGUUGCCAAGUGUGCGAGCUGCACGUGCACGCCGAGUGCGCCGCCUUCACGUGUGCGGACUGUCGCUCUUGUCACGCGGAUGGGACUCGGCAACAGGACACAUUUCGCCACCACUGGCGGGAGGGCAACCUGCCGUCGAGCGCCCGCUGCCGGCUGUGCCGGCAUUCCUGCGGCUCGUCUGACGUCCUGGCGGGGAUGAGGUGCGAGUGGUGUGGUGUCACGUGUCAUGCAGCCUGCUACCAGAGCGUGGCGCCAGAGUGCAACAUGGGCCGUUUGCGCGGUAUGACGCUGCAUCCCGCCUGCGUACGCCUCCAAUCCAGGCAUUUUAGCAAGCAGCACUGCUUCCGCAUCGCAGAGGGCGGCGGCGGACACCAGCUUGUUGACGGCGAUGACACCGAGGCCCCCGAAAACGGCACGCCGGCGGCGGUGCCUGACCACGGCAAAGUCCUUCUCAAAGUCUACGACGGCGACGACGCUUUCAGACGCGGCGACUUCCACCUCGUGGGACUCGUCAGAUCCGGCAGCAACCGGGAAGUUCUGGAGGCGGCGUUGCGGGCCUUCUACCUGCCAGGCGACCCCCAGCAUUUCCAGCUGGAGGAGGUGGGCGGACGCCGGCGUCUCCGUACCGACCGCGAGCCGCCCGACCGCGGCGGCGGUGACGCGGCCUGGACGCUGAGGGCCGAAGAUUCACGCGCCGAAGUCCUCAAAGUCUACGGGGGUCCGGACAGGUCCGGAUCGGAUUACGUCAGCGUGUCGGUGUCCGAGGACAGCACGGCGGCAUCCGUCCUCGCCGAAGCCAAUAGUAAUAUUUUUUCGUAUUCCUUCCAGAAAGAAGACUUGACUGGAUUUGACCUGCGGGAAGUUCUCAUGAAUGGCAGACAAGUGCAGAGCCAAACGCUGGCGCCGCAGCAGAACAUUCUGGACAGACUGCGCGAAAUCAGGAAGGUGUCUUUGCGCCAGAUGCACCAGACUCGUUUCUACGUGGCAGAGAGGCGGAGCCAAGAGGUGCAGAUCAGCCUGCUGAUUGGAGGGCUGCCAAACCUGCCGGACAAAGAAGACUACUGGCAGCUCAUGCUGGAACACCUGAGCGUCAAAAGUCACCUGGUGGACAUCAGCCACGUGUACGCCAGCCAAGGCGCGGUGGCCCUGCGGGUGACGUGUUUCUCCGAAGCCGAGCGCCUCUUCAUGUUGGCCAAAGACAGCCGCGUGGACAACAAGUCGCUCACUUCGCUCGUCGUCCCGGACGUCCAGGUCAGCCUUCUGGAUGAGGAUGUGCGCCCCCUGCUGGUGUUCGUCAACACCAAGAGCGGCGGACUGAAGGGAAAAGAGCUUCUCUACGGCUUCCGCAAGAUUCUCAAUCCGCACCAAGUCUUUGACUUGUCUCAGGGAGGGCCACUGCCGGGCCUCCACACUUUCCGGGCCAUUCCCAGCUUCCGCGUGUUGAUCUGCGGAGGCGACGGUACGGUGGGCUGGGUCCUAAACGCUUUGGAUGACCUACGUUACAGUCUGGUCUGCCGCGAGCCGCCCGUCGCCAUCGUGCCGCUCGGAACAGGUAACGACCUGUCUCGCGUGCUGCGCUGGGGCCCGGGUUACGGCGGCGAGGACCCGAGCCGGGUCCUGGACGGCGUGGAUCAGGCGGAGGAGGUUCUGAUGGACCGCUGGACCGUCCUGCUGGACGCGCGGGACCUCGCGUGCGACGGAUCUGAGAUCUUCCUGGAAGCGCCCAAGAUCGUCCACAUGAACAACUACUUGGGCGUGGGUAUCGAUGCCGAGCUGAGCCUGGACUUCCACCAGGCUCGCCAGGACCAUCCUAAUAAAUUCAGCAGCAGGUUCCACAACAAGGGCGUGUACGUGAAGGUGGGCCUGCAGAAGAUCAGCGCCACCAGGAGUCUGCACCGGGAACUGCAGCUGCGCGUGGAUGACCGGGACGUGCCGCUCCCCAGCAUCGAAGGCCUCAUUUUCCUGAACAUUCCCAGCUGGGGCUCCGGCGCCGACCUCUGGGGUUCCGAGGGGGAUGCUCGAUACGCCAAACCCAGCAUGUCUGACGGUUUACUUGAAGUGGUGGGCGUCACCGGCGUGGUCCACAUGGGUCAGGUGCAGAGCGGCCUGCGUUCCGGCAUUCGUAUCGCUCAAGGGAAUUACAUGCGCGUGACGCUGAAGAAAACUUGCCCGGUCCAAGUGGACGGAGAACCUUGGCUGCAAGCUCCGGGACACAUCGUCGUCUCCGCGGCGGGACACAAGGUGCGCAUGCUGAGGAAGUCCAGUUCCAAACACGGCAAGUCGCCGGGCGGCGCGAAGGACGUGCGCUCGGAAAGCUCCGCCUCCUCAGAUGACGUCGGGCCGUGA